AUGAGUCAGGCUACUCCGGUGCGGAUAAUCCUUGGAUAUCGUGAACAACCAUUUCAAAAACCUUCCACAAUCAUCAACUCCUUCUUUACAUGGCGAGAUAUCCAACCUCUGGAUGACUACUAUACACAUAUAUGUAGCAAUUCUCCUUCUACUCGGUUAUAUCUUGUUCUCGAUCUCUACUGCAAAACACAUCCAAAUGUCGAUCUUAAUGAGUUAGACCUUGAAGUCUUUAAAGUCUCAGGAAUUGAUUCAUUAGAUCUUGGAGAGAUAGCUCGCAAGCAGGUUUCCCAGCGAUCUGCUUCUCUGAAUUGGGGGGAAGACAAGCAGUCUAGUCAGAGGAAUUAG